AUGGACCACCCAGUCAAGGAGAUCCGCCCCAUCAUCAAGUCCCUGACCCAGGGCACACCGGCCGAGCAGCAGCAGACUCUCGAGACCUACUUCACCCCCGACGCGACCUUCGCCCACCCCUUCUGCCGCGUCCCCUCCAUCCCCACCUACGCCCUGCCCUUCCUCCCCGACACGCCCGUCAACUCGCGCCUCGUCAUCCUCUUCAUCUACCGCUGGUACCGCAUCCUCUCGCCCCGCAUCGACGUGGACAUCAGCUCCGCCGUCCACGACCAGAAGCAGAACCUCCUCUACCUCCAGAUCACCCAGGCCUUCACCUUCUUCUUCCUCCCCGUCUACACCCCGCGCAUCCGCCUCACCACCGUCCUCCACCUCGACCACCGCCCCGCGCCCCACGACGCCCACACCACCGGCGGCCUCCUGCCCAUCCGCGCCGGCGCCGGCUCCCCCGGCCCCGAGAACGCGGCCGUCGGCUUGCCCGCCAACGGCUCCGCCAGCUAG